ACAAAGGAAGCUCUGAAAAAAUAUGAAGAAGUGAAAUCAAUCUUCAGUGAGGCCUCGAUGAAUAUAAGAGAAUUCUUCUCGAACGAUAAAAGUUUCAAUACUCAAUUACCCAGUUACGAUCUUGCAGAGUUUAUAGCUUCUCAUUUCGAUCCAUUAGGUUUCUUAGUUCCAACAAUGAUAUCCUUCAAACUAUUUCUUCAAGAUCUCUGGAAAAAGAAGUUACCAUGGGAUCAACCACUAAACGAGCAUGAAAACCAAACGUGGAAUCCCCUUAUAACUCUAUGGCCAACAUACGUAAAGGAGAUACCACGCGCUGUUAUCAACACAUUUCAAUAUACAAGUAUCCACGUGUUCACUGACGCGUCCAUCAAAGCAUAUGCAGCGGCAGUUUAUGUGAAACAAAGUCCGACAACGUCCUUGAUUUUUGCCAAGUCAAGAGUAGCCCCAAUCAAAACGAUGACGAUACCGAAACUCGAACUAUUAGCAAUCUUAAUUGGAGUAAGAGCAGCUCAUUUUGUUAUCAAACAAUUGGAAUUUGAAAAUGCACAGGUGAUUUUAUGGUCAGAUUCACGUCAAGAAGGAGAAGAGCUAGCAGAACAGCUGGAUGAUGAGAUUGGCAAAGCUAUGUUACUGAUACAAAACGAAUUUUCGGAAUUUGCCGUACAUUGGCGCAUGAUUAUUGGUGGAACUACUUCACAAAUCCCGUUCAGUCUAAACGAAAAAGUCACAACAGGGCAGGCGAUCGACAUGGAAUGGAAAACAAGAGUGUUUUGGUUCGAAUUGCAUUUGGAUUAUUCUGAUUUGGUCUUGAGCGGUUGUAUUGCUAUUCGGCUGUAA